AUUGUGGGGCUUGUGGUCGCGGAGCGCGGACUACGAGCCCCAGGGCCCCGCGCGCGGUUCCGGACAACGCCUGGUGUGUGGUAACACCGCGGGUCUUCCUCCUUCUCCUCCUCCUCCUCCUCCUCCUGCUCCUCGCGGGCGCUUCCGGCGCGGCGGCGGCGGCGGCGAAGCCCCUCGGGAGCGGCGGGGCCCGGCGGGCCGGGGCAGGACGAUACGUUUUUCAAGCCCUUCAAGUAUUCUUGCACGACGAGGAAAAAGAAGAAACAUUUCAGUGAAUGAGGAGUUUUUUGCUUCUAUAGUGUUUUCCUUGAGAAGUGGCUCUUUGAAUGAGGAUGACAAUGGAAGAGAUGAAGAAUGAAGCAGAGACCACUUCUAUGGUUUCCAUGCCUCUCUAUGCUGUCAUGUACCCGGUCUUUAAUGAGCUAGAAAGAGUAAACCUGUCUGCAGCUCAGACGCUGAGAGCAGCUUUUAUUAAGGCUGAAAAAGAAAAUCCAGGUCUUACACAGGACAUCAUCAUGAAAAUCCUGGAGAAAAAAAGUGUGGACGUGAACUUCACGGAGUCUCUUCUGCGUAUGGCAGCUGAUGAUGUAGAAGAGUAUAUGAUUGAAAGACCAGAACCUGAAUUCCAAGAUCUCAAUGAAAAAGCACGAGCACUUAAACAGAUUCUUAGUAAGAUUCCUGAUGAGAUCAAUGACAGAGUGAGGUUUCUUCAGACAAUCAAGGACAUUGCAAGUGCAAUAAAGGAACUUCUGGACACAGUAAAUAAUGUCUUCAAGAAAUACCAGUACCAGAACCGGCGGGCACUUGAGCACCAAAAGAAAGAGUUUGUAAAAUACUCCAAAAGUUUCAGUGAUACUCUGAAAACCUAUUUUAAAGAUGGCAAGGCAAUAAAUGUGUUCAUAAGUGCCAACCGACUAAUUCAUCAAACCAACUUGAUACUCCAGACCUUCAAAACUGUGGCCUGAAAACUGUAUAUGUUGAGAGUUGUACUUUUCAAUGGUGGAUAGGGUACCUUUAUAUGUAAAUUUUAAAGUUUUGACUGUAUAAAUUAUCAGCCCCUCUCCGGGGGGGGCCUAAUGCAGGAUUUUGAAUGGGAUUAUUGCCAUCUUACACCAUAUUUUUGUAAAACAUUGUAGCUUAAUCAUAAUCUCACGAGGAAGAUUUUGCAUCACUUUUUUGCUAUUAUCAUUCUUUUCAGAAUUAUAAGCCAAAAGAAUUUACGCCUUAAUGUGUCAUUAUGUAACAUUCCUUAUAAGAAUUGUAAAUAUUUGGUGUUCUGUUUCUGACAUUUUAACUUGAAAGCGGAAAACUGCAAGAUUAUGUAUUUAACGAUAUUGGUGGCAAAUAUUCAAUAAAUAGUUUACAUCUGUUAGACUGUCUUUUUGUAUGUGAACAAGAGUGCAGAGCUCAUCUUUCUAGAAGUGCAGAACAUUCAUUAAAUAGAAAAACAAUUCAAAUUAUUUGGGUGCUUAAAGCUACUGGGAGUUCAAAUCAGUGUAAAAUCAGGGGUUUUCCUUAAAGCUGAGAUUUUUUUGGCUGUGAUCUAGACCAGAAUACCAGAAUAAUUGUAUUAAAAUGUCUUUGACAAAGUAAUAAGUAAACUCAGAAGUGAGAUGUUCUUUUGUUUUUGAUAGAAACUAAAUCUCACUUCUUCCUUAAUCUUCUCUUGGUGGUGAGUUAACAGGUUUUUUACUCCUAGACUAUUCCAAGGUUUGGAGCAGAGGAUUAUUUUAAAUAUAUGCAGCUGAGUUUGCAGCAAAGGUUGAGUUUAAAAUAUUAAGAUAACUGGGUUUUCAGUUGGUGCCCUUUGGGAGGGAGGAGGAGAGAAGCUGGAACUCUUCCAGGUAGCACUAGUGAUAUCUCUACUAUGCAUGCCACAAGGCAACUUCUAUUUUUCAGGGAUUGAAAUCAUGUGAGACCUCCACUGACAAACCUUGAGCUGUGUCGAUGGUUAAGAGCUGCUGAUGGACAGAAUAAAUUUAUCAUUGUGAUUUCAUGGUGAUAUUUCACAAAUUUAAGGAAUCUCUCACGUGCCCCUUUGAAGUGCACCUUGAGCUUAUUUUGAAAUAGAAUAAACCUCUGAAAGAUCUUUAAAAUAACUAGUAAGUUUAGAGAAGAAUGUGAAGCAGUUUAUAAAGCUGCACAGGCUGUUGCAGGAGGAUCACUCCAGGCUGAAAGAGCACAAUUGCUACAGAAAUACUCCUUUUUUAGGUGUAAAUGCUGAAGAAAAGGUCCAUCCAGACUUUCCUUGCACACUGGCCUGGUGCUGUAUUGCUCAUUUGGGGCAAGUGCCUUAUCCAGAGUCCAACAGCUGGGUCCUUGAAUUUGGUUAUCUGCUUCAACCAUCAGAGAGGGGGGAAGUGCAACCUGCAGCCCUCCCAGAUAGCACUGGGUGUUCUGCUUUCUGUCUGGCCAUGGAAUUGUUUCCUUGAUGAGAGCACUGCCUGUAGUGAAAUGGAACAAUGCAAGGAGAGUAUUGUGUGGAAAUGACUCCUUGGGAAUGUACCUUGUGAAAUUUCUGGUUCCACAUGAAGCUCUAAAUGGGACAUGGCCCUUAAAGCUUUGCUGUUCAGCCUGUUUUCUGUUCUGACAGUGGUGUGUUGUGUCAUUAGCAAAUUGAGCUUAGUAACAUGACAAAGGGAUGCAGAUACAAUUUAGAGAUAAAACUUCCUGUUAUUUGUCAAAGCUUGGCCUGCUGAACUGUCAUUUCUUGGAAAGUGGUAGAAGAGCAACAGUUUUAGCAGCUACUAAAGAGACAGCCUGACUAAAUUAGAGUAAUAUUUCAUUUGCAUCUUUGCAUUCUGUAAGUAAAAAGGUUGAGUAUUCUUCCUUGUGGAUGAUGUUCACUUCAGUCAUAGCUCCAAAGGGCUUCAUGAAGACUAAUUAGUGAGGUUAGAAGGAAGGGAAGGGCACCUGGAGUUUAUGAUACUUCAUUUGUUUUGAAAAGAGUAUUUGGUACUGGGGAGGCUGCAGCAGUGGCUGCAAGGAGACAGAGACAUGAAAACUUGGGUUAUAUUUUCCAAAUUGGACUUAAUUCCCAUAAUAUUCUGAGAUUUCUCAGUUUUCUUGAAUUGAGAGAGACAGUAGCAGCUGUUGGUAAUCAUUAGUUGAAUGAUACCAUGUUUAUAAGUAUCAUAAAAAAUAUAUUAAAAAACCAUUUAUGACUUGGGUCCCAAACAAGAUGCUGUGUUAUGUCCUUUUAAUUGAUUCCUGGUAAAAUCACAGGCUGUUGCAUCAAGAAAUGAACUGUUCCUGUUCGUCAGUUCUCCUCUAAAUCUUUACUGGGUAAAAGGUACCAAAUACAGGGCUGAGCUUCAGGUAGUCUGGCCAAUGUGUUUUGUUUGAUUUAUAACCUCAUUGUGAUUUCUUUAUGUUAACCUUUAAAAUGAAUGGAAAAUUAUUCAUUGUAAUCAAUGUCUGGUAAUGGGAAAACUUGAAACCUGGUGUCUUCAGGUCACACUCUUCUGUUGUGUGCAGUGAAUCCAUAUCUAGUGGUCUUAUAAACCUCUAUUUUCCACUGAAUAUGAGCUGGGACAUAUGUCUGUCAAAUUUUAUUGUGGUUUUUGCACUUUAUUAUUCAAGUUACCUGAGUAGCUAAAGAUAAGUUUCUCUUAAGGAUUUCUAAUACAGCAGGUAGUGUUGCAAAAUGCUCUUAGAAAAUUUCUGCUGUGAAUGUGGGUUAUAACUGCUAUGAUAAUGUUAACAUACAGAAAAUCAAUCUAAUAAACAAAAUAAAACUUUG